CUUAAUCAAUAAAUAUUAUUGUUAAAAUAAUAACAAAAUAUAAAAUUUAAAAAUAAUUUUUGAUAUCUCUUAAUCUUAUAUUUCUAUUAGUCAUAUUUAUUAAUCAAUUAUUGUUAACAGUUAAAAAAUUGGUCGAGUCUGAUUGGUUAUUUCUUAGAUUCAAUAUAAUAAUAAUAUUGGUCAAUAUUAUCUCAUUCUGCAGAUAAAAUCAUUGUACGAUAUGCGUGUGUGAGCAAACAAAAGUGUAUAAUACAAUAGUUGAUAAUAGUAUACUUGAUAACACGUAUAUUUGCAUAGUUUUUAAAAAAUUUAUAUGUAUAUAUUUGUUACGUGUAUCUAAAAAUAUUAUUUGACAAGUAUCAAAAUAGUAUCGAGUAUUAAGAUGGUUUUCUAAAUAAAUAUCAAAUUAAAACAUUGAUUUUUUACGAUAUUUAAUAAUACGUGCUAUAAUGAAUGCAGAAGAAAUUAUUGAUUUUGCGAAACUAGAACCAGAUAUUCAAUCUUUGAUAAAGAAGACUAUAGCAGUUCGAUGUAACGUAGAAAAUGCAUCUUAUCCUGUAGGAACUUGUGCUGAAAGAACAGCAAUUGUUAAAGCAGUGUCAGAAGGAAAAAGAAAAUUCAAAGUUUUAACAGUAGUAGCUGAUAAAAAAAAUAAUAUUUUUACUACACCAUGUGGAUUUUGUAGACAAGCUAUUGCAGAAUUUGGUGACAUACCAAUUUAUUUAACAGGACCUGAUAUGAAAAAUGUGUUAAAAACGACAUUAAGCAAUUUGUUACCUCAUGCUUUUGGAAUUGGAAAUGCAAAAUUAUUGCAAUAAAUUUUUAAUGAAAAAGAUUAAA